AUGGCCGAGUUAAAGGAAAGCAGAUCUCAUCCACGGAAAGAACAGUUUACCAUAAAUUUGUUUUACCUUAAAAACGGAGAAUCAGUAAGAAAAUUCAUCAACAGUUUACCAACUACAAUAAAGCUGAUAAAGAAAGGAUAUCUGACCACAGAUGAGGACAAUGCCUAUCCUGACCAUGAUAUGAGAUGUGCACUCACUAUUGAAUCCUCAAUGGGAAAAGAACUGGUUACUUGUGUCCACAAGGUGUGGGAGAAACAUAUACAACCAGACGAAUACAUGUCAUGGAUUCAAGUCAUUCCUACAAAAAGACAUCUCUACAUGAAACCUGUUUCACUAAAAGAAGAUAAUAUCGAAAUCAAUGGCGGAAGCAUGAUUUCUCCGGUCAAUUUUGUGAAACAUUGGCAUAUGGAAGCAUCUUUAAAAUUCCUACAGGAAAAAUCUCUUUUGGAGAUAAUAAACUAUGAAAUUAGGAUAGAGUUUAACAUAACAAAAGACUUCAUACACGACUAUGUCACAAUAGAUAUACAAGACAGUGACACAUAUGUCUACAUCAAUGUGAGAUCUAGCCCUAAAUUAUUCAAGGUCGCAUUUUAUCACGUGCUUAAUGAUGAACCAAAAUCAGUUAGGAUUCCAGCCGAUGAAUUUGGCUUUGCGAAAUUUGGUUAUUUAAAUUGUUUUUGUCUGAAGUUUAAAACUGAUAGUCCGGUUAUGUCGAGAAUACUUUGGUAUAUACAGUACAGGGACAUUCACGUUGUUUUCGCACGAAUGAGGGUAGAAAAUUUCAAUAAAGAGGUUAAACCAUAUUUGAAAGAUUUUGAAACAGCAUACGCAUGGAAAUCGUUGUAUUCUAUGGGUUUUAAAGUCAUAGACCACAUUACUCAAGAUAUCAUACACGAUCUAAGCCAAAGAAAAGUCACAGCUCAAGUGCUUUUCAAAAUGAUGGAAAAUAUAGCUGAAAAACCUUUCUUCCAUUUUUUAGAAGAGAUAACUGCAGCGUUGAAAAUGACUGAUCAUACAUGUAAAGGUCGUGAUAAUGGGACUGACGUUCCUCAAAAUUAUUCAAUGGUACGAAGAGUAUUGCUAACACCAUCAAAAUUUGUUUUCAUGCCAAAGGAACCUGUAUUUCAGAAUAGAAUUGUUCGACAAUACAAUGAAGAUUUCUUUGUUAGGCUCGUUUAUCGAGAUGAUAAUUUUGAGAAGAUCGGUGCAAUGCAGUCCAAUGCACUCAACAACGUUUUGAUGGAUAUGAAACGGAUUUUCUUGAACGGAUUCACUAUUCAUGACCGCCAUUACUCGUUUUUAGGUUGCUCCAACAGUCAACUUAGAGAACAUAGUUUUUGGUUCUUCAGUUCGUAUGGUGGAAUUACGACAGAAUUAAUUAGACAAAACGCUGGUGACCUAUCUAAAGAGAGAUGUGUUGCUUCAUAUGUAUCCCGUUUUGGACUCUGCUUUUCAUCAUCUUUCCACACAUUAAACAUAGGAGAAAAUGCGGAAGAGGUUCAUUAUGAGAGUGAUGUCGAAAGAAAUGGAUUUUGCUUUACCGAUGGCAUUGGAAAGAUUUCAACAAAACUUGCUGCCAAGGUUGCCAAGGUAAUGGGGCUGAAGGCUGUACCGUCUGCGUUCCAGAUACGCUACGGUGGAUGUAAAGUUGUAGUCGCACAAGAUCCCUCUUUGGGAACGGAGAGGGAAGUCCUUGUCAUUAGGGACAGUAUGAAAAAGUUUGAAUCCAAUUCGACAAGUCUGGAAGUGUUACAGGUUUCACGUCCAGGACGUCUUCACCUUAACAGACAGGUUAUAACUUUGCUGUCUGGACUUGGAAUUCCAGAUGAAAUAUUCCAGGAUCUCCAAGAGACGAUGUUGUUUGACUUGGCGGAUAUGCUUCUCGAUGAAGACAAAGCGCUAAUGAGUUUGAAAGAGGUGAUUGCUUAA